GGUAAUGAAGCGCAGCCAGCUGCUGGGGCCACUGCUGAGGCCCAGCCACAAAGGCCUCUCGAGGGAGGGGAGAGGCUGCAGUAGCAGCUGGCUGGCCUGUGCUUGGGUAUCCAGGUCGCAAUUGUCUUCUAGCUUGGGGAAGGAUGGCAGCCUGGAGGAUGACGAGGAUGAAGAGGAUGACUUGGAUGAAGGCAUAGGGGGCAAGCACCAGAGCAUGGAGUUGAAACCUGCGCAGGCCUCCCACACCAACUACCUGCUGAUGAGGGGCUACUACUCCCCCGGCAUCGUCAGCACCCGCAACCUCAAUCCCAAUGACAGCAUCAUGGUCAACUCCUGCCAGAUGAAGUUCCAGCUCUGCUGCAGCCCUGUGCCCACCCGGCUCAGGCCCGCUGCUCUGAAAAUCCAGUGUAGUUCAAGUGCAUAUCAAAUCCUGGAUCAAAUUGAAGACUACAUACUGAAACCUGGACACCCACUAAAUGUUCUGUAGACCUCAGACAAGGGGGAGCUGAGACUGAACUCCGACUGCCAUUCUUUGGUCUAAAUUUCUUCCUGGGGGGCCUGGAGGAGGCCAUCCAUGCCCAUGAGCCAGAACUAACAUUAUUUUUUUGCUGAUCCCAACUUUUUAGACAAAGUUGUGCCUCCUUAACCAAUUGCAAGUUGGAACAUCUUUGAAUCCACCUCUGACCUGUGGGUCCCUGCUUCAAGAUGUCCUGCCUUUAGAGAUCACACCAAAGUAUAGCCUUCGUGUAUUAAUUUAUGACUUUACCUGAAAGCUCUUCCUCUUCAUCUUUAAACACGAUUGCCUGUAAGCCCUCUGAGAGUUUCAUUCUUAAGCAUUAGCUACAUAAUUCUCUUGCUUGGCACCCUGCAAUAAAUGCCUCAUUUCUCUUACUGCAAUCCGAUGUCAGUGUUUGACUUUGCUGUGCUGGGCCAGUAGACCCAAGUUUGGUCUGGUAACAACACCAUCACAGUUACUUCUUAGGAGACCCUCAGUCCUCUCAGCUGAUAGUCAUUUGCAUGUUUACCAAUCAUUCUUUAUUUAGAUUUUAGGCACCUGGAGA